UAUUUAUUCAACUCUGUGCUUGCAUAUAGUAAAUUCUGACAUAAUUACAUCAUGAGUUACGCGGACUACAACAACAACUCUCAGGGUGGCUACGGCCAGUACAACCCUUAUGGUGGCCAGCAGCAAAACAAUGCCUACGGCGGCCAACAACAAGGCUACGGCCAGGCCCCUACCAGCAAGCCAACAACAUGGAGCAGGGUAAUGGUAGCUAUGGUAGGACUCCUCAUGGCCUCGGGUCGAGCGCAUGUCUCUAAUUCGCGUUGUCUCCUACAGAAAUGUCCGCUAUGGGUGGCCAGCAGCAGCAGCCAUCCGGCCCGACCGCUUUGCUGAACAAAUGCAAAGAAAUCAACGAUGGUAUUGCCGAUCUGCGCGCCAAGAGAGAGAGCCAGCUCGCCGCCGCACAGAACGCUUUGCUUGACUCGAGUACCGGAAAGGAAGAUCAGGCCUCCCGUCAGACACUCGAUUACAUCGAAGACGAGAUCAACAACGGUUUCCGUUACCUCCGGGACCUCCUCAAAAAGGUCAAGCAGACACCUGGCUCUGGAGACACCCGUGUUCAGACUCAGAUCGAUGUCACCAGCCGGAACUUGCGUCGGGAGAUUGAGCAGUACCAGAGAGCCCAGUCGGAUUUCCAGAAGCGGUUGCGCGAGCAGGUGCGCCGACGAUACGAGAUCGCAAACCCAGAGGCUUCUCCCGAGGAAAUCGAACAGGGUAUUGACAAUGUUCUGAUGGGCCAAGAGCAGAGCUUCCAGGUUACCGGUAGCAGAACCAGACAGGCCAAUGACGCCAGACAAGCUGCUUUGGAGCGGUCCGCCGCUAUUCGAAAGAUCGAACAGGACAUGAUUGAGCUGGGCCGUUUGUACCAGGAAGUUGCAGAGCUGGUGCAUCAGCAAGAUGCUGCUGUUGAGCAGAUCAACCAAGGCGCCGAAGAUGUUGUCGACAAUGUCCAGAAUGCGAACACCCAGAUUGAUCAUGCCAUCAAGAGCGCGCGCAACGCCAGAAAGUGGAAGUGGUAUGCGCUGCUCAUCGUCAUUCUGAUCAUUGCCAUCGUUGUCGGUGUCGCUGUUGGUGUCACCCAGGCCAACAAAGCGUAAAAUGGCCAUGCUUGAAAGAUGCUUGCAUCAAAUGGCUUGCAGAAUACGUUUGUCGGCUGCUUAUGAUCCACUCCGCGCUCGGAAAUCUGCGUCGCUACAUCAGGCUUCUCGAUAUCCCCUUAUCUCGCCAUCUGCGCUAUCCUUUCGCUAUACAUGGUCCAUGCAAUGCGGAAGCGACAGUCGAUAAAUUUGGCGUGGCAUCAAUAAUCCGAUGCCUGUUCCGCUUCACUCAUCCAUCCGAGCUGCACAAAGACCGUUCAUUUUUCCCCUCGAGAUUUCCUAGUGUACUUUCUUAUACCACUCAGUCGCAUUCUCCUCUGUUUUAAUCCUGUCUGAUAUUUGUCUCCUUGUUUUGAAAAAGCACGGCAGCUUGCGAGUUCCUUCUCCAUAUC